AUGAGUAUAAAGCAAAGAAGUUAUCAAGAGGCUACGAAUGUACUACAACGACAAGCUGGUUUUCUAAAUAUUACAAAUCUAAGUCUGUAUUUCUUAUCGAGAGCACAAAAAAUGAUAGGUCUAGUACUGACGAGUAUGAUUCUGCCACAAAAGACAGUUAAGAACGAAGACGAAAACAUGGAUAGUUUGCUUCCUUUUGAGGAAUGCAGUCUUAUGCCGUGUGAAGAAGAAGCUGAAUACAAAAUGGAAGAAGAAUUGCAAGAUAGCGGUAUAACCUUAAGUAAGCAAGCAAUUGAAUAUUACUCUCCAACUUUUCACCAAGAAUAUACGACAGCGAAAGGAAGCACACCUACAGAACAAAACAUGACUUCAGGAGCUCCGAUAAAUCCACAAUACCCAACAUCCUAUUUCUCUUCUACACAAAAGGAGAAUGGCUCAGAUAUCUAUGAGGAAAUCGUUGAUAUCAUUAAUGCAGAGUUGCAAAAUUUGGAACUAGACAUCUUCAAUGAAUAUGAAGGUGUGGAAUUGGGUCUGACGGACCCUCUUGCUGUAAUAACAAAUGACCGGAACAUCUCAGAAUCAGAAAAUCUCAUGUCAUCCAACAUCCAAACUGUGCUAUCAAGCUCUACCUCUCUCGAUCAGGUUUCUGCACUUUUCUCUCGGGCGCCGAUACAAUCCAAUUCUGGAAAAUCGUUUGUCUCAUUAGUUCAAAUCCCUGAGCACACGAAGAAGACGACACCAAAGAGAAAAAAGCACACGGAGGAGAAUAUUAGCAUUUCGCUCAUAUCUAACAGCCCAUUUAGAGACAAAAAGGGUUCCAAAGGACGGAAGAAGUUAGUAAGACAAAAAAAGAGGUGCAAGACAUCUUAUAUUAGCAAUUAA